AAUACUUUACCAAAUCUCCAGCUAACGCUUGUUGUUGGUUGUUGAACUCCAUCACCUAAUGGCUUCUUCAUUGAAAUCCAAAAGGAAAUAUCAUGUGUUUUUGAGUUUCAGAGGCGAGGACGUCUGGAAUAACUUCCUUGGUCAUCUCUACAGAGCUCUUGAUCAGAAAGGAAUCUACACUUAUGUUGAUAACGAGGAACUUAGGAAAGGAGAGCAAAUAGAUCUGGCGCUUAUGAAGGCGAUCGAGGAAUCACAGAUCGCGAUAAUCGUUUUCUCCAAGGAUUAUGCUUCCUCAUGGUGGUGUUUGGAAGAGUUGGUGAAAAUCAUUGAUUGUAAGAAAGAAAGAGAUCUCAUGGUCUUUCCUUUGUUUUACAAAGUGGAACCCAGAGAAUUGAGAACACCGAGAGGGAGCUAUAGAGAUGCUAUGGUUAAGCAUGAGUCCAAGUACGGGAAGGAUUCAAAAGAAGUGAAGAGAUGGGAGAAAGCUCUUUCUGAUGCUAGUUACUUGUCCGGAUGGCCUUUGAAAGAUGGAGAUGAGGCAGAGCUUAUACAAAAAAUUGUGACGGAAAUCUCCACUCACUUAAACCGAACACUUUUGCAUGUUGCUAUGCAUCCGGUUGGGAUAGAUUCCCCCAUGGUUACAUUGAAAUCAAUGUUAAACCUUGAGUCCGAUGACAAUGUUCUCAUGGUGGGAUUGUGGGGACAGGGAGGCAUAGGAAAGACGACUUUAGCCAAAGCUGUUUAUAAUGAUAUUUACAAUCAAUUUGAGAAUUCAUGUUUUUUGGCGAAUGUUCAAGAAGUUUCAAAAGAUUGCAAGGAUUUAGUUACUUUGCAAGAAAAAUUACUAUUUGAGAUAUUAGCAUUGAAAGAAAGAUUAGUAGUGUCUAAUGUUGAUAGAGGUAUUAAUCUGAUACAAGAAAGACUUUGUCACAAAAAAGUUCUCCUCAUCCUUGAUGAUGUGAAUGAUUUGUACCAAUUACAUGCUUUAGUUGGAGAAGGUAAGUGGCUUCACAAUGGGAGUAGGAUCAUUGUUACUACAAGAGAUAACCAUUUGCUAACUUAUCUUGGAAUAGAUCAAGAUCAUGUGUACAAAGUUAGAGAGCUAGAUGACGAUGAUGCUCAUGAGUUGUUUAGUAAGCAUGCUUUUCUGACACACCAAAACUUUACGAUCAAGAUAGAUCUAGUGGAUAGAGUUCUAAAUCAUGCUAAAGGCCUUCCUUUAGCACUUGAGGUGCUAGGUUCCUUCUUACGUGGUAGAAGAGAAUAUGAAUGGGAAAGUGCACUAGAUGAUAUUUCCACGGCUCCUAAGAAAGGCAUCAAUGAUGUGCUCAAAAUAAGUUACGAUGGACUAGAGCCAAAAGUGAAAGAGAUCUUUCUCCACAUUGCUUGCCUCUUUAAGGGGUGGAAUAGUGAGUACGUAAAGAAAGUUCUUGACAGUUGCGAUCUUAAGGCAGUAAUAGGAUUACAAAUUCUAAUGGAGAGGUCUCUAAUAAAAAUUGAGUCAGGGAACAUACAAAUGCAUGACUUGAUUCAAUUGAUGGGUAUGGAUAUUGUGAACCAAGAAAGUGAUGAUCCUGGGAGACGCAGCAGAUUAUGGCAGUAUGAUGAUGUUGUCGAUGUUUUGUCAAGCAACAUGGAAAAUUGUGCUGUAAAAGCCAUAUUAUUGAAGCCACCUGAGCCAACAGAGAUGUGUAUCAGUCCUAAUGCUUUUACAAAAAUGAGAAGGCUGAGAUUGCUCAUCUUGUGCAAUAUUCAUGAUUUUUUCCAAGGUCCUAUAUGUCUUCCUAAUGGGCUUACAUGGUUUGAUUGGACUGGAUGUGCUCGUCAAAUUCCAGAAUUUUCCUCCGGUCCAAAGAAAUUAGUAGGACUUAAUAUGAGUAAAGGCAAUAUCACAGGAGUCAUAAAACAAUUUAAGGACUUCCAAAAUUUGAAGUACAUUAAUUUCAGUUACUGCAAGUCGUUGGUUCGCAUGCCCGACCUCUUGUGUACUCCAAAUCUCGAGGAAUUGGAUCUCCAUAAUUGCAAAGACUUGGUGGAAGCUCACAAGUCCAUCGCAUGUCUCAACAAGUUACAAGUGUUGAAUUUAGAGGAGUGCUCAAAACUUAGUGUUUUUUCAGAUGAGCUCCGGUCAAAAAAUCUUUGAGUUCUCAAUCUUAAAAAUUGCACAAGUUUGAAAGGUUCCCUGAUAUUCCACAUAAACUCGAAGCCCUAAAAGAGCUUUUUUUAGAAAGAACCCCUAUUAAAGGACUUCCCACAUCAAUAGAAAAUCUUGUCUCUUUGGAGUGUA